CACUAUUUUCUCACCCCUAUCCCUCCCGCCAAACAAAAAGGGUUUAAGCUCCUCUCUUUUCUCUCCAAUUCAAAAGCCCUAACCCCCAAUUUUCUCAAAUCCAAACCCUAACCACAAUGAGCUACGCUGCCUACAAGAUGAUGCACUGGCCAACCACCAUAGACACGUGCGUGUCUGGUUUCGUAACCCAUUCUCGCUCCGAGUCAGCCCACCUUCCUCAACUCCACACUGACGAUCUUGACUCUGACUGGCCUUCACGCCGCCGCCGCGGUGGAGGAAUUGGCCCUACUCCGAACCUAAUUGUUGCUUCCGGUAAUGUUCUUGAACUAUAUGUUGUCAGGGUUCAAGAAGAGGGGGCGAGGAGUUCGGGUGAAUUGAAGCGUGGUGGAGUUAUGGAUGGUGUUGCUGGAGCUUCUCUUGAGCUUGUUUGCCAUUACAGGUUGCAUGGUAAUGUUGAGUCAAUGGGGGUGUUGUCUGUUGAAGGUGGUGAUGAUUCUAGGAGAAGGGAUUCUAUUAUAUUGGCAUUUAAAGAUGCAAAGAUUUCUGUUUUGGAGUUUGAUGAUUCAAUUCAUGGACUUCGCACAAGCUCUAUGCAUUGUUUUGAAGGUCCAGACUGGCGUCAUUUGAAAAGAGGUAGAGAAUCAUUUGCAAGAGGUCCAUUGGUAAAGGUUGAUCCUCAAGGAAGAUGUGGAGGUGUUCUUGUUUAUGAUUUGCAGAUGAUAAUACUUAAGGCUGCUCAGGCUGGUUCUGCCUUGGUUCAAGAUGAAGAUGCUUUGGGUUCUGGAGCUGCUAUCUCUGCUCAUAUUGCCUCUUCUUACAUCAUUAAUCUUAGAGAUUUAGACAUGAAACAUGUAAAAGAUUUCAUAUUUGUGCAUGAUUAUAUUGAACCUGUGGUGGUUGUCCUUCAUGAGCGAGAGCUUACUUGGGCUGGGCGUGUUGUGUGGAAGCAUCAUACUUGCAUGAUUUCUGCUCUUAGUAUCAGUACAACUUUGAAGCAACCUACCCUUAUAUGGUCUAUUGGAAAUCUCCCACAUGAUGCGUAUAAGCUGCUUGCAGUGCCAUCUCCCAUUGGUGGUGUUCUUGUGAUCGGUGCGAACACUAUCCAUUAUCACAGUGAGUCAGCUUCUUGUGCAUUGGCUCUGAACAGCUAUGCUGCUUCUGUUGAUAACAGUCAAGAGCUGCCAAGAGCAACUUUCAGUGUGGAACUUGAUGCUGCCAAUGCAACUUGGCUAUUAAAAGAUGUAGCCUUGCUGUCAACAAAAACUGGGGAACUCUUGUUACUGACCCUUGUUUAUGAUGGAAGGGUUGUGCAGAGACUUGAUCUUUCCAAGUCUAAAGCUUCAGUACUUACUUCGGAUAUUGCAACACUUGGAAACUCGUUCUUUUUUCUGGGAAGUCGUUUGGGAGACAGUUUGCUUGUGCAGUUUACUUCUGGAUUGGGAUCUUCAAUGUUGUCACCUGGUUUAAAGGAAGAGGUUGGAGAUAUUGAAGGUGAUUUGCCUUCAGCGAAGCGAUUGAAGGUGUCCUCUUCUGAUGCUUUACAAGAUAUGGUUAGCGGGGAGGAACUUUCCUUGUAUAGUUCAGCGCCAAAUAAUGCAGAAUCAUCACAGAAAACUUUCUCAUUUACAGUGAGGGAUUCGUUGACCAAUGUUGGCCCUUUGAAGGACUUUGCAUAUGGUUUAAGGAUUAAUGCGGAUGCUAAUGCAACUGGAAUCUCCAAACAAAGCAACUAUGAAUUGGUGUGCUGUUCCGGACACGGUAAAAAUGGCGCUCUUUGUGUCCUUCAGCAAUCAAUUCGCCCAGAAAUGAUUACAGAGGUUGAACUUCCUGGAUGUAAAGGAAUUUGGACUGUUUACCACAAGAAUGCACGUAGUCAUAGUGUUGACUCAUUGAAAAUGGCUUCGGAUGAUGAAUAUCAUGCAUAUUUGAUCAUAAGUAUGGAGGCACGGACAAUGGUGCUUGAAACUGCUGAUCAUUUGACGGAAGUCACUGAAAGUGUGGACUAUUUUGUGCAAGGAAGAACAAUUGCUGCAGGGAACUUGUUUGGAAGACGCCGAGUUGUUCAGGUGUUUGAACGUGGUGCUCGAAUCUUAGAUGGUUCUUUUAUGACUCAAGAUUUAAGCUUUGGAGGUUCUAACUCGGAAACUGGUCGUUCUGAGAGUUCCACAGUGAUGCAUGUGUCAAUUGUAGAUCCAUAUGUUUUAGUUAGAAUGGCUGAUGGGAGCAUUCAGAUUCUUGUUGGAGAUCCUUCUGCUUGUACAGUUUCUGUAAACACUCCGUCUGCCUUUCAGAGCUCAACGAAAUCAGUAUCUGCCUGCACACUGUAUCAUGAUAAAGGGCCAGAGCCAUGGCUCCGGAAGACAAGUACAGAUGCAUGGCUUUCUACUGGAAUUAGCGAGGCUAUUGAUGGUGCUGACAGUGGAGCUCAUGAGCAGGGUGAUAUAUACUGUGUUGUUUGUUAUGAGACUGGUGCCCUUGAAAUAUUUGAUGUGCCAAAUUUCAAUUCUGUGUUCUUUGUGGAUAAAUUUGUCUCUGGAAAAACUCAUCUCCUUGAUACCUGCACGGGGGAACCUGCUAAAGAUAUGAUGAAGGGGGUGAAAGAAGAAGUUGCUGGUGCUGGCAGAAAAGAAAGUACUCAAAACAUGAAGGUUGUCGAAUUGGCUAUGCUGAGAUGGUCUGGACGUCACAGUCGCCCUUUUCUUUUUGGAAUAUUGACUGAUGGGACAAUUCUUUGUUACCACGCAUACCUGUUUGAAGGUCCAGAUGGUACAUCUAAACUAGAAGAUUCUGUUUCUGCUCAAAAUUCUGUUGGUGCUAGCAGCAUCAGUGCUUCAAGGCUUAGAAAUCUGCGAUUCGUUCGGGUCCCUUUGGACACGUAUACUAGGGAGGAAACGUCAAGUGAAACCUCAUGCCAAAGGAUUACAACUUUCAAGAAUAUUAGUGGUUAUCAAGGUUUUUUCCUUUCUGGAUCAAGACCAGCUUGGUUUAUGGUAUUUAGAGAGCGACUGCGAGUUCAUCCACAGCUAUGUGAUGGAUCUAUUGUUGCCUUCACUGUUCUUCACACUGUUAAUUGUAAUCAUGGGCUCAUUUAUGUCACGUCGCAGGGAAAUUUGAAGAUUUGUCACCUGUCAUCUGUCUCGAGUUAUGACAACUACUGGCCAGUGCAAAAGAUUCCUUUGAAAGGAACUCCACAUCAAGUGACUUAUUUUGCAGAGAGGAAUUUAUACCCUCUCAUAGUUUCAGUUCCUGUUCAAAAGCCAGUAAAUCAAGUUCUUUCAUCACUGGUUGAUCAAGAAGUUGGCCAUCAGAUUGAGAAUCAUAAUUUGAGUUCUGAUGAAAUACACCGAACUUACAGUGUAGAUGAAUUUGAGAUUCGGAUUUUGGAACCAUCUAAUGGCCCUUGGCAAGUUAAGGCUACAAUCCCAAUGCAGACUUCUGAAAAUGCAUUGACUGUACGAAUGGUUUCAUUGUUUAAUACAAGUACAAAGGAAAAUGAAACACUUUUGGCUGUUGGGACUGCUUAUGUGCAAGGGGAGGAUGUUGCUGCUAGAGGACGUAUUCUGCUGUUUUCUGUAGUGAAAAAUCCAGAAAAUUCUCAGAUUUUGGUUUCAGAAGUUUAUUCUAAGGAAUUGAAAGGCGCUAUAUCUGCUUUAGCCUCACUUCAAGGGCAUCUGUUGAUAGCUUCUGGUCCAAAAAUUAUUUUACACAAGUGGACCGGUACAGAGUUGACUGGUGUUGCCUUUUCUGAUGCUCCACCGUUAUAUGUCGUGAGCCUAAAUAUUGUGAAGAAUUUUAUUCUCUUGGGUGACAUCCACAAAAGCAUAUACUUUCUUAGUUGGAAGGAGCAGGGGGCUCAGCUCAGCUUGCUGGCGAAGGAUUUUGCCUCCCUUGAUUGUUUCUCAACAGAGUUUUUGAUUGAUGGAAGUACUUUGAGCCUUGUGGUUUCAGAUGAACAAAAGAAUGUUCAGAUAUUCUAUUAUGCACCAAAGAUGUCUGAGAGUUGGAAAGGACAGAAACUGCUUUCAAGGGCUGAAUUUCAUGUUGGUGCCCUUGUUACUAAGUUCAUGAGGUUGCAAAUGCUUUCCCCUUCACUUGAUCGAAGUGGUGCUGCUCCAGUUUCUGACAAGACCAAUCGCUUUGCUUUACUGUUUGGUACCUUGGACGGCAGCAUAGGUUGUAUUGCACCUCUUGAUGAGCUCACAUUUCGUAGGCUGCAGUCACUGCAGAAGAAACUUGUUGAUGCUGUUCCCCAUGUAGCUGGUUUAAACCCAAAAUCAUUCCGCCAGUUCCGCUCUGAUGGAAAGGCUCACCGACCUGGCCCUGAAAGCAUAGUUGAUUGUGAAAUGCUUUCCUAUUAUGAGAUGAUCCCGUUGGAGGAACAGGUUGAAAUUGCCCAACAGAUUGGAACAACACGUGCUCAGAUUUUGUCAAAUUUGAACGACCUUACUCUGGGCACAAGUUUUCUGUGACUGUAACCAGUUUAGAGGCAGGAAGUACUGCAGGGGACGAUAUCCUUCACAAGGGCAAUCAACUGAUGUGCUCAAACUACUUGGUGCCAGCGUGCUGUUCAAUUCCUGGAGGAAACAAUUAAAUGCAAAAGCAGCAAUUUGAAACUGGAUCAAGAUCACUCAUUCAAGACCCUUGCCUUCUUGGCAGGACUGACACUGGAGCAUAGCCAUUGUGCAUCCUUUGUAUCAUUGGUAAUUACUGUUCUGCAUUUCAAUGGUUUCAUGGCUUCAGCUCUAGAGAGUGGUAGCAUCCAAUAAGAAACGACAAAUCUCAGACUUAUCUGCACAAUGUACUUAUAGAGCUGGAAUGACUCGUUUGUUGAGAAUUGACCAUUCAAGCUGCUAAAACGGGAAAUAGAUAAUAUCCUCUUCUUUCUGUGCA